CAAACAGUGACGUAUGUCUGUGAGUAAACAACCGUUGAGACAUUUAAACUGUCAGCUGUCAGACGGACACGGAGCGACCUCACUGACGGCUUUUUCAGACCGUUGGACUCUGAGCUAUUAUGCAGCAUGACUCCACAAGGACCUCGUCUGUGUUUCUCCUCUCUAAACGAAGACCCUCCCUGAUAUCCACCUGCGACACCCCCACCCCUCAAAACUUUGCUGAGACGCUGCCGACAGAAAUGAGCGUGAAGAUCUUUGGCGAGCUGGACACCGGGAGUCUGUGCAGCGCCUCGGGGACCUGCAAGUUGUGGCAUUACAUCAUCGAGGAGAGCGACCAGGUGUGGAGGAGGCAGUGUCUACUGGUUGGAGCCGUCUGUCAGAGGGAGGUCGACAGCGACAGGAGAGACGGCCUGUCCUGGAAGGUCACGCUUGUGAAGAACUACACUCGAAGCCGUUUAAAGAAAGACUGGCUGAGAGGUCGAUACAGCCACGUGAAAUCAGCAGAGGAGCUGAGCGGCAGGAAGAUGACGCCGCUGGACGCUGAGACCUGGGGAGAGAUCCUGCAGGCCGAGCUGGACAGAUGACCGACAGAUGCUGCCACAUUUAGGAUUUUAUUAAAAGCACCUCUGGCACUUCUGAGUGCCUGAUUUUUAACUCUAAUAUAUUUUAUACUUGCAAAUAUACACAAACAAUUGUACAUAUUUUUUUUUUUUGUAACUUUUUGAAAGAAAAUAAGGAUCAUGGAGGAACGAAAAAUAAGCAUUGACAUUAUUUAGGGAAAUUAAUUUCACUUGCUUUGAUGUAAAAAUGACUGAAAUGCAAUAAAUUACAUUGUUGUGAAGCGUG